GUCAAUAAAAAACGCGUAUCUGCAUGGACAAAUCAGUAGAAGAUAUGACGCUUCUGAAAUAUGGUUUUUCUUUGCUGGACUCCAUUCAACUGCCGUUUCAGCUGCAAGACCUGCCUCAAAUCCAAGCGCAUCACCGCCUGUCAGUAGAAAACACGGAUCUGCAUGGAAAAAUCAGUUGUACGUCGUUGUGUUGCGGGUGCGGGUACAUCAGCGUCAAGAAGUUGAAGAAAGAUAGGUGCUAUUGCAAGUUCCAGUGGUGCUGCACCGUUAGCAGCGAGACCUGCCUCAAGACUGAGUGGAUCACUGUCUGUCAGACCGUUUGGUCUGAGAGUUUCAAACAUUGGUGCAUUGAGAUACUCCUAGUUUUGAAACGACACCCAGUGAGCGAAUGGUUUAAGAGAUUCACUGAAAAAAAAUGUAAAUGAUUUAUAAAUUCCAGAUUACGUGUGUCGUAAUCUCCAGAAAACCUAGUGGCCAGUUUCUGCCAGUGCUUAUCGCGCUGCAGACAUAAGUGACCCGAUGCAUGCGUAAAACUGAUAGAAAUACAGUACUGAUUACAAGUUUUCCUAGGGAUCAUAUAAAUUAGGAAUUUUUCAACCACUGACACCCUUCUAUAUCCAUGUUGAUGCUUAAAUAGUUCUAAUACUAGCUUCAACAAUUCGUCUACAACUUUGCAACUUUCAUGACCGGGACAAACACCCUCUUGUUAUGCUUCAUCUUUGCACUAGCUUCAACAAUUCGUCUACAACUUUGCAACUCUCAUGACCGGGACAAACAUCCUCUUGUUAUGCUUAAUCUUUGCGUGAAUAGUUCAAACAGAAUAAUAGACGGUUCAUUGAAUAUCUCAGAUUACCAAAGAUAAUACCACAAAUAUCUAGAAAUUCUCCUCAUAACACUUUCCCGCAAGAAGAAACAUUUCUAAAAUAAACCGCUCUUUAUGAAGUUGAAAAGCAGUGAUUUGGAAGCAUUUGUGGGAGCAAGGUAACUCGCUUG